AUGGGUAGACGUUCCAAACAGAAGUCCUGCUUCCAGUGCGUCGAGUCUAAGAGACGAUGCGACCGCUCCCUUCCUUUCUGCUCCCGGUGCAUCGAUAGGGAGGUCGAAUGCACUUACGUGCCGGCUAGACGAACUCCUCGUCUCCCAGCACUUGCCGGUCCUUCGGAAGUGAUCCCAGGACUCGGCAGUCUUUGGGAUCCACUGGGUGCUCAGCAUGUCGUCAAUGAUAUCGUGCUAUCUGAGCAGGAUAUGGAGGGGUUGAGGGAGAGCCUUUUUAACCCGGAUACCUUGAGCAACAUCCGCGCCCCUAUUCAUAGAGCAGAGGAGGUUACAACGUCUUCUACAUCACCUUUCUCCUCAAAUCCACAUGCCGCAAGCGUAGAAAGCGAUUUACGGGUUCGGCAGUUGAUACCCAGCAUAGAACGGCUCUGCUGGUUCCUGCUCACCACAUCCUGGAACAUCGAGUACCAGAAUAAUCCGCCAUCGGCGAUCCCUCCAGCCGCGGUCUUUACCAACUUCGUCCGCGGUCUCCAGUCUUGGCUUACCUGCUACCUCCGUAAGGGCCACAACCCCUUCAUCCAUAGACACCUAUACUCGGACGAAAACAUUCCUCGCUGCAUGCAAGACGCAUACGCCGCCAUCGCCGUCUCACAGACUAUCACACCGGAUAACGAGCAUGUCGUUGACACAGCAUCCUCGACCUACGUCCUGGACUUACUCGCGAGUCACUCCGCAUCAGGCCAGUCCUUCCCUCUAUUCAGCACGAGAGACCACCUCGCCCGCACCCAAGCUCUCCUGAUCCACCUCCUUCUAUCCCUAUUCUCCCCGUCUAUCCCCCGCCGAGCCAAGGCCGAGAGUCUGAUCGACACGCUCCGCCUUUGGGCCCGUCAGCUAUGGGAAUCUGCUGCUCUGGACGCCACUUCUUCCGCCUUCCACCCCAAUACUCUAUCAAUAGCAGAGCCCAAUAAUGAGGAUGCCGAGGAGGCUGUUGCAAGCUUGUACCGUGCGUUUGUUCUCUCGGAGUCCGUAAGGCGCACGUUUCUCCUGACCAGUAUUGCCACUGGCGUGUAUAGUAGUCUUCAACAGACAUGGAAACAUGCCUGUCACGGUGAUGUAUGCAUCACGGCCAGGGCAGAGCUGUGGGAUGCUAACUCGUCGGCGCGGUGGGCGGCUGUGGCUAGGAAGGAAGAUCCGUUGUUUUUGCAAAGUCUCAAUGGGUAUUCCUUGGUUGAACGCGGAGUACCUGCAGCGAGCGUUGACGAGUUUGCAAGGCUGUUAUUCACGGUCAUGUGGGGACUGGAGAAGGUUGAAAGUUGGGUGAUUAGUACUGGAGACUCAGUAUCUGUAAUGUACUGA